AUGAAGGCGACCCCUCUUCUUAUCGCCUGGCAUGACGAUAAUGCCCCGAUCUACUCUGUUCAUUUCGAUCCAAACGGCAAGGGAAGGCUAGCUACAGCUGGAAAUGAUAAUAAUGUUCGCCUUUGGAGAGUCGAAGCUACUGGAGAAGAACGAAAGAUUGCAUAUCUUAGCACACUAAUAAAGCACACACAAGCCGUCAAUGUCGUGCGCUUCAGCCCCAAAGGUGAGAUGCUGGCAUCCGCUGGGGAUGAUGGAAAUGUGCUUCUUUGGGUGCCGUCAGAGCUACAGACCCAUGCAAGAUUGGGCGAAGACCGAUCCGACGAUAAAGAAACGUGGCGAGUGAAGCACAUGUGUAGAUCCUCUGGCGCUGAAAUCUACGACCUCGCCUGGUCCCCGGACGGCGUGUUUUUCAUUACUGGCAGCAUGGACAACGUUGCGCGAAUUUAUAAUGCACAAACCGGUCAAAUGGUACGGCAAAUCGCAGAGCAUUCACACUACGUCCAAGGGGUCGCUUGGGAUCCGCUAAACGAGUAUGUUGCGACGCAAUCUUCUGACCGUUCGGUUCAUAUUUACACCUUGAAAACCAAAGACGGCCAGUUUACCUUGACUUCGCAUGGUAAAUUCCAGAAAAUGGACUUACCGGCGAGGCGAAUAUCAUCGAAUAGCCCUGCGCCACCAGAAAUGGGGCUUCGAGGUCAAUCAGCAACCAGCAAUUCCGCCGCAGUAUCUUCUCCGGGGCCCUCUGCUCCUGGAACUCCAAUGACAGGCUUACUGCCGAUGGACCCCCCUCCCGUAUCACUUAGCCGUCGCUCUUCUUUUGGCUCCUCUCCUUCUAUCCGGAGAUCCGCCUCCCCUGCUCCAUCGAUGCCACUGCCAGCAGUCAAACCUCUUGAUAUGCCAUCGCCGAGUUUCCUUGGUGGGCUUGGCGUGAGAAACGCGAGCCUCUAUGCUAACGAAACAUUCACUUCCUUCUUUCGGCGGUUAACAUUUGCUCCUGACGGCAGUCUACUUUUUACACCUGCUGGUCAAUAUAAGCUUCCUACCCACGGUGAUCCAAUCAAGGCCACAGAAGAUGUCAUGAAUACCGUUUACAUAUACACUCGGGCUGGCUUCAACAAACCGCCAAUUGCCCACCUUCCGGGGCACAAGAAACCUUCUGUGGCUGUUCAAUGCUCUCCGGUCUUCUACACCUUACGACAAGGCCUUAAGCCUACUCGACAAAUCACACUUGACACUUCUGUCGAUGAUUCCUUUGCGUCGCUCCCUGACUCUAUGAUACUAUCCAAUCUACCGGGCCCUACUAGCACCUCGAUGGAGCCUCCACCAUUAACUACACCCACUUCGGCCACAAGCGAUUCCUCACGCCCACUACCUUUAGCCGUCAACAUGUUGUUUUCAGCUUUUCCUUGGCGGGACUACAGUUUACGCAUAUAUGAUAGUUAUAUCAUUCCGUUCGACCAUUGA